CAGAGUCAAAAGCUUGUGUCAUCUAAAGUCUAAAGCUUGUAAGCCAUGUCCACCACCACCACCACCACCACCACCACCACCACCGGUGCACACAUCCUUGCUUACGCCUACCCAGCCUCAGGCCACAUCAUACCGCUCCUCGACCUCACACACCAAUUACUCCGCCGCGGCCUCACCGUCACUGUUGUAGUCAUCCCCACCAACCUCCCUUUGCUCCAACCCCUCCUUUCUCUCCACCCUUCUACACUCCACCCCUUAGUUCUCCCAGCUCCUGAACCUCCCACUCCCUCAUGGAAAAGUCGCAUGGCCAAGGACCAAGCCAUGCGUGAUCUUCACCAUCCAUUUCUCCUCAACUGGUUCCAUUCUCACAUUUCACCCCCCAUAGCUAUAAUCUCCGAUUUCUUCCUCGGCUGGACCUACCACCUCGCUAAACAACUCGGCUUGCCACGUGUCGUUUUCUCUCCCUCCGGUGCUUUUGGCUUGUCAGUUCUUUUCUCACUAUGGCGUGACUUACCCAAAAAUGAAGAUCCUGAAGAUAUGAAUUUUCAGGUCUUGUUACCUAAAAUCCCGAAUUCCCAAAUUUACCCUUGGCGGCAACUCCCUAAUCAGUAUAAAAACUGUAAAGAAGGAGACCCAGAUUGGGAAUUUAGCAAAAACAACAUGCUUGAUAAUUUCGCUAGCUGGGGUUUGGUUGUCAACUCGUUCACUGAGUUGGAGCGAGUGUACUUGGAUCAUUUGAGGACCGAACUCGGGCACGAUCGAGUCUGGGCUGUGGGCCCGUUAUUGCCUCUUGUAGAUGACGUGGUUGGAUCCUCUAGCAGAGGUGGUUCCAGCUCAAUACCAUGUGAACAAGUGAUGGCGUGGUUAAAUUCGCGAAAUGACAACUCCGUUGUUUAUGUAUGCUUUGGGAGUCGUACAACGUUGAAUACUAAACAAAUGGAUGUGUUGGUUUCAGCUUUGGAGCAAAGUGGGGUCGAGUUUAUUUUGUGUGUGAGGGGCUUGGAUGAGCGGCAUGUGGGUGUGAUUCCUGAUGGGUUUGAAGAUCGUGUGGAGGGUAGGGGUUUGGUGAUUAAAGGAUGGGCUCCACAAGUGGCUAUACUGAAGCACCGAGCUGUGGGUGCAUUCUUGACUCACUGUGGGUGGAACUCGGUGUUGGAAGGGAUCACUGCUGGGGUGGUGAUGCUGACAUGGCCAAUGGGUUCAGAUCAGUUCACGAAUGCAAGACUACUGGUUGAUCAGCUAGGCGUGGGAAUUCGAGUUGGUGAGAAUAUAGAGAAUAUUCCUGAGCCCUCAAAGUUAGCUCAUCUAUUGGUGGAGUCGGUGAGUGCAACAAGGCUAGAGAGAGUCCGAGUUAAGGAGCUUAGUGAUGCAGCUUUGGGUUCGAUCAAAGGAGGGAGCUCGGAUAAAGAUUUGGAUGAGUUUGUGGAGCGACUACCUAGGUGUUGCCAAAAUUAGAACGUAUACACUAAGAAUUUGACAACAAAUUUGACACAUGUUAAUGUGUUUGAUUGUUAGCUGCAGGUAAUAUGUGAGAAUUAGUAUAAGUUUCCCACAUCAGUGUAAAAAAUGGAAUGAAUGUUUUUAAAUUUUACUUUUUGAUCAUAAUGAAGAAAAAACAGAAAGGAAAAAAAGACCACAUCUUUAUUGC